UUUCUCUUUGAAUUGGCGAUGAACCCUAAAGAGUUUAAAGGUCAAAUUGAAGUCUUGAAAAGUCCAGAACAGCUGAAGAUUUGACAUCAUCGCUAAUCCUACGUCUUGGUUCUUGGUGAUUAUUCUUAUAUGAUGCCUCCUAAAGGAAGAAAGAAUCGUCGAAGUUUAGGUCCAGACGUCAUUAGCAACCUUCCUGAUAAUGUAAUCGAUGUCAUUCUGAUGCGUUUGCCUUGUAAAGAUGCUGUGCGGACAAGCAUCUUAUCGAAAAAAUGGAGGUAUCACUGGUGUAGACUUACAAAGUUGAAGCUUGAUGAAUCUCUUUGGAAAACAAAAAAGGAUAAACUAUACCCUACAGUUAAAUUUACAAAGAUUAUAUAUCAAAUUUUGACCCUUCAUGAAGGACCCAUUACUAAGUUCAAGUUCGACAUUGUUGAUUCAAAAAGAUGUCCUACGAUUGACAACUUCAUAUAUUUCCUCUCGAGGAAUGACAUUCAACAUCUUGUUCUUCACUUUCCAUGGCAUAAGAUAUACAAAAUGCCUUCUUCACUUUUCGAAUGUUCGCAGCUGAGGCAUUUGACUCUUCAUGAUUGCUCAAUACAUCCUCCAUCGGGCUUUAAAGGAUUUUCAAGUUUAGUUAGCCUGGAACUGUGUAGGGUCACAAUUUCUUCUGAGUUGCUGGAAAGUUUAAUAAAUCAUUGCUCGUUGCUUGAGCAAUUGGUGUUGCAAUUCUCAGAAAUUUUAAACAUAAUUGAAAUUAAUGCCCCCAUGCUGAGAUCCUUUGAAUUCACAGGCAGUAUAAGUUCUCUCUGUCUAAAGAAUGUCCCUCUUCUGAAAAAGGCAUCUCUGGACUUAUGUCAAGGUUCUUCUAUGGAGGCGGAGAAUUUUUAUCUUGCAAAAUUUUUCGAGUCUUGUUUUGCUCUCGAGCACCUCCGCUUGUACUUCUUUGGUGAUAAGUUUGAUGAUGCAGAAGCAGAUGAAGCACCAACAAGGCUUCCCUUUGAUCAUAACCGUGUCAAGCGUUUUUAUUUGCCUGGUAUGAUUAUGAGGGAAUCAUAUGAGUUGUCAUAUUAUCUUUGCUUGAUAAGAAGCUUCCCAUACUUGGAAUCAUUCGAAACUGAGGUUCUUAAUCGACAUGAUGAUGAUGUUGUAGAAUCGCUUGAACUCGAACGUUUCUCGGAUGUGACAUUUAAUCACCUCAAGGAAGUUAAGCUAAAAAUCUUUUCAGGAAUAACACAUGAAAUGCAGCUUAUCAAGCUUUUCUUAGCCAAGUCCCCAGUGUUGGCUAGCUUGCGCACAUGUUUGCAUAUAACAAUCUUGAAGCGCCUCGCGUCUAUUGCUCGUAAGGUAGAGGCAUGGAGAUUUGAUAUUGGUAUGAAUUUUAUAGUUUCACUAGCUAGCACAUAUGCUUCAUUUUCUUUUUGUUGAAAAAAUUACUCAAUAUGUUAUAUAAUACUUAAUUAUUCAUUUAAUCUCCUAUAUUGUUUACUUUUUCCUUACAAAAAAUAAAUAAAUUAAUCUCCUAUUUUGUGGAGCUUAAUCCAUUUUCAAGCCGAAGUAAAUUGUUCAUAUUCACUCAUUUUCUUAAUACUAGUGUUAGAAUCCAUGCGAUACGCAGAAUGUCAUUUUCCCAAAGGUAUACGAUAUCCAUAUAUUGACGCAAGGCAUGCACUAAUUACUAAACCACGUCUAUGUAAAGUUAUUUUUUAUUUAAUUUUUAUACAUUGAAUCCACCACUAUCUUGUUAUAUAUUCCCUAUAAAUCUGUCCAAAAAUUUCAUCUGUUGAACGUAAAUUGUUUCAGUGUGACUUUCUCAACAACUUUCUUCAUAGAAAGUGUAUCUGAAAAAGGAAGAAAAGAAGUCCAAGAACGAACCAUGAAGACAUUAUACCUAUACCAAAAUAUAUAGUUGAAUUUUCCUUCCAAGUGUUUGUGCAUUAAACACUAAAAUCUUUCAAUAUUUUUUCAACUUUCCAUAUAUUAAACACAUGUUGAUUAACUUUAAAUACCUCUAUGCAUUCAUUAGAAAGUAUUAGUUCGAAAAAGAAAAACAUGGAUAAUCACAAACCUCGUCGAGUUUUGAUGUUUCCAUGGUUGGGAAAUGGACAUAUUUCUCCAUUUUUCGAGUUAGCCAAAAAGCUCAGUACAAGAAACUUCAUUAUUUACUUGUGUUCUCACCAGUAACCCUAAACUCCAUUAAGAAAAAAUUUAAUUCAGAAUUUUCACAAUCAAUUCAAUUUCCCAUUAGAAAGAUUUGUUAGAGAUUGCUUAUGGGUUGGAAAAUAGUAAGGUGAAUCUCAUAUGGCCUAUAAGGUUCCAAAAAAGAGAAGAUGUUGAACUUUGAAGAGGCAUUACCUAAAGGUUUUCUUAAUAAGGUAGGCAAAAGGGGAAAAGUUUUUAACAACUUGUUUGGAUGGUUGUUAUGUAUCGUUUUAUAAUGUAUCAUAUUGUAUUGUAUCGUUUUGAUAUAUACAAUAUUUGGAUAAAUUUUAUUGUUUAUCGUCAUUUCAUGAUGUCAUACACCAACAAUGUGAAGAUUAAACUUGCAAUAUUAUAAAUUAAGAAAAAGUAAGGUAUGAGAUAGAAUUAUUAUAUUAAAAGGUAGUGUAAAAGAUAAAAUAGGAAUAUUUAAUAAAAGAAACGGCAAGAUGAGAAAAAGAGAAGAAGGAAACGACGCAGCCACACCAAGUCGGUUGUUCAAUAAAGUGGCACUUUUCGUCGUUAUGUAACGACAGAUUUAACGAUAUCAAAAUAAAUAUUAUAUUUAAAGUAAUAAUACUAUGUAAUACAACAGGUAACAUCCAUCCAAACAAGAUGUAAAGGAUGGGGCACCAUAAGCUAAAAUAUUGGAACAUUCGAGCGUUGGCAGUUUUGUGAGUCAUUGUAAAUGGAGUUCUAUAUAUAUACAUAUGGCUUCUAGUAUUUUUUUGGGUGUUUAGAAAAGACAUUACUAUUUUAGUAUUUUUUUGUUUUGAUGGUUAAUGCAGAAGGUUUGUUUUGUGGCUCUACUAGCUUGGAUUAAUCAUACUAGCUAGUCUUGAAGUUUAUUUUGUUAAUUGUUAUUAAAGUAUAAAUUAGUCUUCUAUAUUUCCUACUAUUUUCCAAUAAGCAUUUACUAGAAUGAUCUAUGUGCAAUGGUGUCAAAUCAUGAAAACAACUUUGUUAUCUCUUCAUUAUUUUAACCUUUCCAACUCUUGUUUUUUUUGAAAAAAAUAAUUCAGGAUAUAAAGAUUCCUAUCUUUUUAAUAAGAGAAUAAUCUAAAGCUGCCAAGACAUAAAAAGCCUGAAUAGUUGAAUAACAUGCGUAUCUAAUCAGAAUAAAUUUAGUUGCAUUAAAUUCGGUAAAAAGAUUGAUCUGUCAAUAUAUUGACGCAAGACAUGCACUAAUUAACCCUUGUCUGCGGAACAUUUUUUUCAAAAACGGUACUUUCUCAAUCACUAUUAAUUUUUUAAUUAUUAUUAUUAUUGUUGUCGUCGUUAGCAGCCAGCUGUGGUGCAUUUCAGCUAAUUUUAUAGGUUAUUUCCUAUCAGUACAGGUAUGAGUUAACUUUAUCCAUCAAAUCUUAGACAUAUUCGAAGAAAUUAUAUAGUAUUUUUAUUUCUGUUAAAAUUUGAACUUGAGACCUCAGUCAGUUGAUCACUUGAUCCCAACAUUAAAUACAUAUAGUAUUUCAUUUAGAGCUAUGAAAAAUAUAUUUUCAAUCACCUAAAGAUAAAUUGUUCAGUGUGACCUUCUCCACUAAUUCUAUCUUGAUAAAAAGUGUAUUUGACAGGGCAUACUUUUAUAUUAUUUCAGCAAAAGUAUCUCCUAAAUCUUCUUCUCUUUUAAUCUCCUCUUACUAGUGGUAUCAAACUUUUAUAGUUGGAUGUCACUUUCCUCUCUAAUCUUACUUAUUUUACCAUUUACUCAUUCGUGUUUAAAUCUCACCCAUGAAUAAUUUAUUGGAUCAUUAAUUAUCAUUAUUGUUCCUUUUGUGUAACAAUCUAUCCUCUCGAGCCGAGGUCUUUUGGAAGCAGUCUUUCUGCCAUCCACGAUAGGGUUAAAAAUUAAGAUCUGCAUAUACAUUACCUUCCCCAGACCCUACUUAUAGAAUUUUACUUGAUUGUUGUUGUUGUUGUUGUUGUGUAACAAUCGAAUAUUGUUCUGAGCGUAACUCGUGAUGUAUAGGUGAUCGUGAUUAGGCGCAUGUUACGUGAGUUAUGAACCGUAUGCCACUAGCCCUCGACCACUACAUACUAUGUUCUUCCAAAAAGAAAAAACAAAGAUGACAAGAUGACUAGAUAUUCGACUUGGGCGCCAAGAAAGUAUGAUGUUAUUUCAAGAUCACGGGUCCCACUAUUUUCAACUGUAACUUCAGUACCUUCCCUCUAUAUUUCAAGAAAAACUUGCAUUUGUCUCUUGCUUCUUUCCUUAUACAGAAACCUAAUUCUAAGCAUUUCUUAUCUACACAAAUGAAUCUGCAACAAAGUGCAGCUAUUUUUUCUGUAAUCCCAAUUUUAGGCUAUGUAUUACACACCCUAUUCAAUGUUCUAUGUAAUACUGAACACUCCAAAGCUAAAGAUGAGAUGGAAUUGGAGAAUGAUGCAGCAACCGCUGGUAAUAUAGCAGCUCAGAAACAUUUCAGGCAACUUCAACAUUUUCGAGGAGCUUAAUAUAGAGCUGCUACACAAUUGCUUCAGCGGGAGCUCGCUGUCAGUAUUGAAAACGUCCUUAGUUCCUCGAUUUUUUUUGUGAUGCGAAAUCUAUAAAUAGCUAAAUAGUUAUUUGGUACUUAUUCGAGCAUAGUUGUAGAAGCAGUGGCGGAUCUUUAGUAUUGUAUAUGGGUUUUCGGGAACCCAAUAACUUUUGCGUGCAUCCUAUAUUUCUAUUAAGUAGGUUAAGGUUUUUACUACUUCCGGUUUAAAAUAAGCGGCGUUUGUUAAAAUUAUUUGAUUAAGUUACUCUUUAGAUCUCAAAUUACUCUUUAUUGA